AUGAUACGCGAACGACGAUGUCCCAGAGGCCACCGUUCCGAGAAGAAACGUCGAAGAGCCAUCGAGAACCGCGCCACCAAGUGGGUAGACCUCGACGAGAAUGUCUCGCACGGUUACAUCCUGAUAGACGACAAGAACCUCGGCCCGGGAGUUCCAGACGUUGAUUGCGAGGAAGUGCCGUUUCCUGACAACACCGUCGACUAUGACGAGAACAAUGACGACAACGAUGAUGAUGAUAAGGAUGAUGACCACGAGGACAAGGACAACGACGAUGACGACAGCCGCGACGAGAACGUUGGCAGCCACAGCAGACGCGGCGAGUGGUCGAUCUACAAGCAGCUGAAGAGAAGCGCCGCGAAACAGUACCGCUGCGAGCUCGACUUCGGCGCGACCUACCCGCUCGCGAACAGCCACGGCAAUGCUUACCAAGACUCGAGCAGCCACAGCAAGUACACGGAGCUGUAUUCGGAAUUUCGCGCCAAGAACAAUGUCGACCCGAGUCACCGCGACUUCGACGUGACUUCUUCGUACUCGAUGGCGAACAGCCACAGCGAGCACGUUGCUCUCGCCACCCAGGACCAGGUCAGGGAUCGAGCUUACAGAGAGAAUUCAGAAAGCGACAAUCUGACCUGGGACACCAGACCGGGCGCGAAUUACGAGAUAGCUAACAGCCACAGCAACUACCGCGUGUUCUACGACAGUCAGACGCAGCAUUACGCGUCAGGUAUGAUACCGCCAUGGUGCUCGGAGCUGUGGCCGGAGAACCGCCGUGAAGAGGCUCACGUUGCGUCGGAAGACUCCAAGGAUGCGAAGAAGCAAGAUGGCAGUGAACGCACAGGCAAUGCGGGCCAAUCCGAGAAAAAGAUCGAGAACGAGCAAGACUCGGACACGACCUGCGACAUCGAGCAGUGCUUGGUGCAAAUUGAGGAGAGCCUUCUGAACAUCGAGCAGAACCUCCUGCACGUUCAAGAUUUAGAUAUACCGGAGCUGAGGAACCUGCUCUACAAGAGCCCGAGCAUCGAACGGAGCCUCUUUGAGGUACAAGAUCUCCUUUACGCCGACGGUAUCGUGCCGGACAACGACGACGAGGACGGAGAUGCGAGCGCGCCUCUCUUAAACGGCUCUAACGAGGAGUCCUCCGACACGGCCAACAAUGACGAACAGAAUCCUUCGAAAUCGACCGAUGACUAUUGUAUCGACUGGGUGGACGAGUCCAAUAUUCUACGAGAGGACGAGAGAGAUUCGAGUCUGCAGACGUGCGCGGAGAAGACGAUGAAUUUUGUGCCCAACAGUCUCAGCAAGACUCUGCCAAGAAGAAUCGUCUUGGACGAAGUGAAGGAGAACAUCAGGCUCUGCUCGUCCGAGUCCGAGGAGCCCACAAUUACGAUCGAUUACAAUCUGAACAGCGCAUGCGCCGAAAAGAAACCAUUCUGCCGCGACAAGUGGCACAGCAGGACGAAUUCCUUGGACGAGAACUCGAUGUUUCAGACUCCAGAGUUAGGCGGCAAGCAGGAAAACAGCAAGUCCUCGUUGCAGGACAUCUUCCUGGAGUCCACGAGCAGUCGAUUGGUUGUAAACGCGAAAGCACGAUCGGAGGGCACACUGCAGACCAGUCGGAACAAGCAGCUGCGACGUGACCGAGGAGGAUCCCACGAGGAACUCCUGCAGGCCGUUGAAGCGACGGCGGAGGACUUCCGGAAAAGACUCGAGAGUUUCGCGUCGCAGCGGCGAUCCAUGCUAGAUCGGCAAAAGAGAACAACGCCCAAGUCUGCCAAGGAAGUCUCGGAGACUACAGCGUCGCGUUCGCGGGAGAAGUCGCCCGUGAGGCAAGUGAAACGCGAGACAGCCACAACGACAGCCACGGCUACGAGUAAGACCCAAGAAAAGGACAACGGCGCCGGUAAGAGUACCGGCUGCGACAAACGGAAGAAGAAGAAAACGUCGGGAGGAAAGAGCCAGAGCACGUCGGACAAUGCCUUAGUGCCCAGCAAACUGAUCUCACUCUCGUUAUCGCUGCUUCUCGCGGCUCUUCUGCAGGCGGUCAGAUGCUUGACGGAUCUCGUGGAAGACGCUUUCAGAUCGGUCAGUUACGACAGAAGCGGAUUGCUGCAAUAA